UCGUUAGACGUGGUCGGGUUAGUUUCCACGCGCAUGCCCGGCCGAGCGCACGCAGCCAACCCUAGCCUAACCGCACGCGAUAUUGCGCGCGCGAUCUUUUUUCCGAGCCGAAUGGUUUAUUGUUGAUUCAAAAUGUCGAAUGUGCCGUUAGUGCGUCGUGCUAUAGUGGGGGCCACGUUGUCGCACAAUGCGGCGCCGCCCCCGGACCUACCGAACCCUCUGGUGAUCUCCCCGACGCAGGAGAACCAGUGGACGCCGGCGGCGCUGGAGCGGGCCGGCUCCACGCUCAAGGCGCUCAACCGCAUGGCCAAGCGGCCCCCCGUGCACCUGCUGUUCGAGGACCUCACUUACACCGUCAAUACACGGAAAGGCGAGCGCGAGAUCCUGCACGGCGUGUCGGGCGAGUUCCGGUCGGGCGAGCUGGCGUGCGUGCUGGGCCCGUCCGGCGCCGGCAAGUCCACGCUGCUCAACAUACUCGUCGGAUACGCGUCCAACGGCGUAACCGGGCGCAUCAGCGUGAACGGGCAGUCACGUGACAUGCGCGUGUUCAAGAAGCUCAGCAGCUACAUCAUGCAGGACGACCUGUUGCAGCCGCGGCUCUCCGUGCACGAGGCCAUGCGAGUCGCCACCGACCUCAAGCUGGGCAGCGAGCUGGGCAGGGCGGAGAAGGAACUCGUGAUAGAAGAGAUCCUGCAAACACUGGGCCUGUGGGAGCAUCGCGACACCCGCUCGGAGAAGCUCUCCGGGGGGCAGUACAAGCGGCUCUCCAUCGCGCUGGAGCUCGUCAACAACCCGCCAAUCAUCUUCCUCGACGAACCUACCACAGGCCUGGACGUGGUGUCGAUCCGUCACCUGGUGGUGCUGCUGCGGCUGCUGUCGCGCCAGGGCCGCACCAUCGUGUGCACCAUCCACCAGCCCUCCGCCUCGCUGUUCGCGCUCUUCGACCGCGUGUAUGUGGUGGCACGCGGGCUUUGCUGCUAUCAGGGUGCAGCCCCACUACUAGUGCCGUUCCUGUCGGAGGUGGGCCGCGAGUGUCCCACCACGCACAACCCGGCCGACUUCGUGCUGGAGUCGCUGCAGGGGGACCCCGAGGCCGCCGCGCAGAUGUCCGAGCUGUGCCAGAACGGGAAGCUGUGCAGGAAGCUAGACAGGAUCACGGCUCGCGGCGGCAGGAGGCCAGUUCUUCACUCCGACGAAUCCAUCCAGAGGAUCUUCACAGAACACGUCGCCAAGGAACAGUUUCUGAAGAUGGAGUUCCCAACCACGUUUCUCACUCAAUUUUCCAUUUUAUCCAAGAGAAUGUUCGUUCAGACAACAAGGAAUUCGCUGACCCUCUGGAUCUCGGCGGCGCAUCACGUGGUAACGGCGCUGCUGCUGGGCGGGCUGUUCUUCAUGGUGGGCAACGACGGCGGCGCGCCCAUCGUCAACUUCAAGUUCUGUCUCAGUGUGCUCGUGUUCUUCAUGUACACUUACGUCAUGAUUCCGAUUCUCUUGUUUCCCAUGGAGGUUCGUCUGAUGCGGAGGGAGUACUUCAACCGCUGGUACAGUCUGAAGGCGUACUACGCGGCCCUCACCUUCUCUGGACUACCCUCUAUGAUCCUAUUCGGGCUGCUGUUCCUGACGAUCUGCUACCUGAUGUCGGGGCAGGUGCUGGAGUGGCAGCGGUUCCUGUUCUUCUCCAUCAUCAGCCUGCUCACGGGCGUCUGCUCCGAGGGGCUCGGCCUCGUCAUCGGCUCCGCUUUCAGUGUCACUAACGGCUCGAUCGUGGGCCCGUCCAUAGUCUCCCCGCUGCUCGCGCUCUGCUGCUACGGCAUGGGCUUCGGUCAAUACAUCGAGAAGUUCAUGCAGGUUCUCAUGUCGGCCUCCUACCUGCGCUACAGCCUCAGCGGCCUCUCCCUCGCCCUCUACUCCGAAAGAGAACCUAUGGACUGCCAGAUGGAGUACUGCCUGUACUCAGACCCUAACAUUCUGCUCCGAGAUGUCGGCAUGAAGAACGACUACUACUACAUGCAAAUAUUAGGGCUUCUGGCCUUCACUGUUUUUCACAGGACUAUAGCGUAUUUUGCUUUGAGGUAUAGACUGACUGCGGAGUUUUCGAGCAAGUUCAUGACUUAUAUUAGUAAGUUUUUAAAACAUAGGUAGAUUUAGUUAGUAGGUAGGUAAACUUAAAGUAUAGUAGGUACUUAGGUAUAGCUUAAAGGUACCUUAACUUAAAAGUUUUACGUUAUGUUAAUAUUUUUGUGAAACGGGUGCUCUUAGUAGUGAUGUAUAUUGUAUAAAUAAUAUUUAUACAUGUAAUAAGGUUAAGUACUCGUAGGUAAGUACGUGAUAAAAACUUAGCAGUCUGUGAUAGAAAACUAAGAACUAUUUUUAAACAGCUAGCAACAGCUCAAUUAUGUAAGUAUACCAACAGCUACUAAGUAAUCUUUUUUACAUUAUUAUGAUUUUAAGUCGAGGUUCAUCAGUUUAUCCUAUGUAUAGUAUUUCUAUCAGAUAAAAUUUUACACAGGGUUAACCAUUUUUUUUUCUCCUUAACAUUCAUCGCUACCUAAUUAUAUGAGAACGCGAUAAAAUCGUAACCCCAUCAAGCAUUACCUAAACAAAAGCAAGAGUGUGAUAUAAAACUUUCAUGUUACUGUUAUGUAUUAGUAAUUAACGUGGGUUCCUCAUAACAUAACGUGAACUACACAGUAAAAUUAUCAUAAAAACCAAAGUACACGUUACAUUUUGUAAUCAGGUUGAUUAGGUAUUAGAUGGUGCGUGCGAUAUGGACUAAAGUAUACUUGGUUAAUUACUUUAUCGUAAAAUCUUGCCAAUAUCAUUACUUACUUGUUUUUAUGCAAAUCAUCGUAUGGCUAAUUAUUUCAUUAUCAAAAUCAAAGCCUAAAACUACUUAUUCUUUAUAAUACUUUAAGUUCGUAUUAAGUUAAAGUGAUGAAUGCUAAGUGUGAUAUGUGAUUAUGGCAUAAGGGUUACAAUAAAAACUACCUCUGAAUA